AUGGCUCAAGCUAACAGGGUAGAAAAUGACAUGCAGUUCUCAUACCCAGAUGUACAUUCAAACGUUGUAUCAAUUAUGAAUGCACUUUCCACACCGAUUACUUAUGAAGGAAGAAUGCAAGAUAAUAUAUCCGUAAAAAUGUUCAUAUCUAUCUGUUAUAAUUUGCAGCCAUCAGAUCUUCUUGCUUUAGCAUGUGUAUGUAAAGAUUUCAAAAAUAUGCUGGAUGAGCAUAUUAAUCCGUUGGCUGGAGAAAUAUGGUGUAAUUCUAGAAAUCAGUUUACUAUUUUUAAAGACAAAGAUCCUCCCGCAAGAAUGAACCAACAAACCUUCUCAAGGUUAUUAACAUUUCAAAAUGGCUGCCAAUUCUGUAAGACUAAAGAAAAGACACCUAUUAUAUAUUGGAUUCCUGGUGUGCGUUCUUGUAGAGAUUGUAUGCUUCAAAGAGCAUUUAGUUUUAAUGUAUUUCGAGACACUUUUAAUGUUGAUAACGAAAUUCUCGGAUUUAUUGCACCCAUUAUCCCAGAUAUAUAUUUACCUGAUGUUCAAAGUGAAUCAAAAUAUUAUUGGAUCAGUCAUGUCAAAAACACUAUCGCGUUUUUUAUGGAUGCUGAUGAUGAUACCCGAUCUGCAUUGAAUGACCUGAGAGGAGAUAUUGAGAUUAUUUCUAAAGAAGCUCAACAUUAUCAUGAAUGGACAAAUCAAUUAUAUCAAUCUCAGGUUAAAGAUCAAGGGAUACUUUUUGAAAGAUUGCUUACAGAAAUCGGUCAUAAACUCGAUUAUGAAACUUCAUUUAAGCUACAAAAUGAUAAAGGUUACCAAAAUUUGGUGCUAAAAAUACAAACAAAUCCUUUUUUGCUACAUGAUUGGCAAAAUUAUAAGAUAAAAAUUUUACAAAUUGUGCAAAAAAUUUCUUGUGAUGAAAUUACUAUCCAAGAAGAUCCCUUGAUUACCUCAUCUAAUGGUACCACUAAACGAAAGUUUGAUAAUACACCGACUUCAUCAAACGUUCAACAAGGAUCUGCUAAAAAGCCUAGAUCAAAAAAUUCUCAAUUGAAUCAAGAAUUAUUGGAUCCAAAUAAAAGACGAACUAGAAUUAUCAAACGCCUAAGGAAAUUAACAUAUGGUACCGUUCAGAAGUCAGAAGAAUCUCUAAUAAGCAUCCGAGACCCGCUAUAUGUGUAUUUGUCUAUAUGUCCAAGCUUCAUAAAUCCACCUAUAGCUAAUUGUGGAUCAGAAUAUACCAAAGAAUUUUUCGAAGAAACACUUAUACCAACGCUCAAAAGAGAAGCUGAACAACUUCGCGCAAGUAAUGUACCUCCACCACUCUAUUUACUUGACACAAAAGGAGCGAUAGAACUUGGAUUCGGAUGCGUCCCAAUUUUUGGGUGUCUUCUUUGCACUUCAAUUACUCCAUGUGCUCUUAGAAAAAUUAAGCAUCAUGUUAGAAGUUUUCAUAAAAUUGAUAGUAAUACUGAGAGG